ACUGAGGCACGGGGCCCAGACUGGCAGUUGCACCAGGAGGGCAGGAACUCCUUUGGCUGGGUGCCCAGCUCAGGUGGGCCACGCACUGGGCCAGACAGGGAACUGGAGUGACCCACCUGACUUCUCUGGGUCUCAGCUCCUCCUCUGGAAAGUGGGGAGAUUAUUGUGACUUCCCAGGGUUGGGUGGGACUGGGAGGAUGGGUGAGGGGCUGGCAUAGAGCAGGUGCUUGGUUGGUGGCAGCCGCCAUGGAACGGUGGCACCUGCCCAGGCCAGGCUCAUCUGGUCUCACAGGGGCAGGCGAAGCCUCUCCAAGAUGGGGCCAGGGUGGGACCUGUGCCCUCCUCUGUCCGCAGCCGCCCUGGGCACGCUGGACUUCAGCCUGCUGUAUGACCAGGAGAACAACGCCCUCCACUGCACCAUCACCAAGGCCAAGGGCCUGAAGCCAAUGGACCACAAUGGGCUGGCAGACCCCUACGUCAAGCUGCACCUGCUGCCAGGAGCCAGUAAGGCAAAUAAGCUCAGAACAAAAACUCUCCGUAACACUCUGAACCCCACAUGGAACGAGACCCUCACUUACUACGGGAUCACAGAUGAAGACAUGAUCCGCAAGACCCUGCGUGCGUCUGAGGCACUGGCUGUGCCCCUCACCACCGCCCCCGCUAGGAUCUCUGUGUGUGACGAGGACAAAUUCCGGCACAAUGAGUUCAUCGGGGAGACACGUGUGCCCCUGAAGAAGCUGAAACCCAACCACACCAAGACCUUCAGCAUCUGCCUGGAGAAGCCGCUGCCGGUGGACAAGACCGAAGACAAGUCCCUGGAGGAGCGGGGCCGCAUCCUCAUCUCCCUCAAGUACAACUCGCAGAAGCAGGGCCUGCUGGUAGGCAUCGUGCGGUGUGCCCACCUGGCUGCCAUGGACGCCAAUGGCUACUCGGACCCCUACGUGAAAACAUACCUGAGGCCAGAUGUGGACAAGAAAUCCAAACAUAAGACAGCGGUGAAGAAAAAAACCCUGAACCCGGAGUUUAAUGAGGAGUUCUGUUACGAGAUCAAGCAUGGGGACCUGGCCAAGAAGUCCCUGGAGGUCACCGUUUGGGAUUACGACAUUGGAAAAUCCAAUGAUUUCAUUGGUGGUGUGGUUCUGGGCAUCCACGCCAAGGGGGAGCGCCUGAAGCACUGGUUUGACUGCCUGAAGAACAAGGACAAGCGCAUCGAGCCCUGGCACACGCUCACCAGCGAGCUCCCAGGGGCCGUGCUCAGCGACUGAUGCCCACCCGCCACUGCUACCCCUGCCGCCACCUGCGCCUAGCACUUCCGGCCCCGGGCUUCCCCAGCAGCCACCAAGGCCUGUGGCCCCCACACUGGGGGAGAUCCAGAACCCCUGCUUGGACACAGAGCCACUGCAGUCCCCGCUCGGAGGAUGUGGAGGGCUCAGCCACUCUGGGACGGGGAGGGCAAGGAGCUGGGGUGGGGGGCUCUCAGCCCCCUGGCGCCCAAGAGGCCGGUGGUGGAAAGAGACCUCAGCACCUGCCCAGGGGAAGGGGACACGCCCAUCUGGGAGCAAAGACCCUUCUAGAGGCCAGCCCUGGUUGAGAGGACAGGAGUGUGGGGGUGCCUUGGCAGACAGUGGGAACAGAGGAGGGAGGUGGUGAGCAGACAGACAGGUGGAGGAUGGGACCUUGAAGACUGGCUGCUCCAGCCCAAGAAAGCCUGACUGCAUCCCUCAUCUCCUUCGCUGCUGGACAGAUGGAAGAAGCGGGCCUGCCGGCCGAAAGUCUGCCAGAGUUCCCGGAGGCUCCUGAUGAUGGGUAAAUUGGCACAUGCUUCACUCAAUUAUUCCACAAGCCCUGGGGGUGAAUGAGACACAGGGCCUGCCCUCAGGGAGUUCCCAUCUAGUCAGGAAGCUGGGAACAAACCAUUCCAACUGGGGUGAGAAAUACCAAGACCAGCUUGGCCAGUCUGCAAGUACUGUGGGCUCUGUUGACUCUGCCGGGAGGUCAGGGAAGGCUUCCUGGAGGAGGUGGUGCUUCCGUAAGGCCUAUGGAGGGUGA